GUGACAUUGUUUUGCCUGAGCGUGCAAACGCUUUGGAGUAAGCUGAAAUGGCAAGAAACGAGGAGAAACAACAAGGGAAGUUAAACAGACUGUGGCUUCAGAAGGAGAGAGAAGAGGGACGCCUCAAAGAUGUACAUGAUCGGAGACCCAAACUGUCUGCUCUUAACACAGCCUCCUCUGUUAAAAAGUGGAUCCCCAGCAUCAAGAAAGAAAUAGAAUAUUAUUUGCAACAAUCCCAGCUUUCUCAUUACCCAGAGAGGAAGAUAGCAGAGUUCCAGCUGCGCAUUGAGGCUUUAGAAAAAGAGUACAAAAGCUUCAUCUCCAAACUGCGAGUUCUUGACCCCACCUGCAAACACAAGCCAUGGACUCCUCGAGCAUACUGCAAAAGAAGAGCAGACACACAGGACUCUCCAAGUGCCGCGAAAAACCCUCGGCCCUGUGAGUCACAUGACGGUAGGAGUGGAGGUGAGAGCGACUUGGCCUGCAGUUGGACAGGAUGUCGUAAAACCUCAGAGAGACAUUCGGAGACCAGGUUUCAAGCCCCCGUCCCCUCCAACCCAAUCUCAGACACGUCAGAGGCAGUCUGUGCAGACCAGGACCAGCCCCUCUCCUUCGAUCAUACAAGGCUGGCAGUGGCCUCUGCUGCGUUCAGAGGGCCUUUAGUCCAGCGAGGCGCCUCUCAAACACAGAGCCUAGCCAGGGUGCUGCAGUCUGGACUUCCAAACCUUGUGAACGCUUCAUUCAGGCAAACAUUUUCAACCCAGAGCAGAGACACAGAGAGUGAUGACGGGACAACGACGGAUUCUAUAUUUGGAGAGAAAAAUGUCACCCAAGACCACAAGUCAGACUGUGAAGCAGCGGAGAGGAUACCUGGGAAAUCAUCCAGCACUGGGACAACAGAGGAGAGGACGGGUCAUGUCCUGGGACUAGACUGUUACUCUUCUUCUGAUGAAGAAUGUGGCACGUGAUGUUCAAUGGUCCACAUCUUUUUACAUUUUUAAUUAGGAUGACCCAUUUCAUGUUGCUUUAUGGUUGUUCAAGGGCGCCACAAGUGGUGUUGAGUCAUAUGGACAAAAUAAUAUGAUAGCUAUUGCUGCAUUUUUGAGAGUCAGGUUUAAAAAAGAAUUUGACUUUUUUGAUGACAUGACAGAUUUUAGUAAAACAUAUUCUGUUUAGACAUGAGGACGGUGAAUCAUGAUAUGAAAAUGUUUCAAUUUUGAUCUUGAAUUAAAGCCCCACUCCUGCGUGAGAGAAAAGUUUUGUUUGCAAGAAAGACGUGAGUAAUGCCGUUCACUUCAGGUUCAGAAAUUCAUUGUAAUUUUCAAGCAUUACUCCAUUUGAGUUAUCAGUCAUCGUGACCACAACUACUUCCAUUGUGCAACAGAAAGAAUGGAGACUGUGUGACAGUAUUUGAGAGAAAUACUUGCUGAUUCAGUGAUUCAUUUUAGUCUACUCGUCUGGUUGUAUUAACUGGAGCGGCAACACUGAACACAACCUGGUUAGACCCCAAAACCGUGCCCUCCCACCUAACCCAUCAUGCGCUGCCGCUGCUCUUGCUGCGUGGCCUGCUUUCAGCAUGACACUUCUGGGAAACAGACACAUCAGCUUGUAGAGUGCAGACACCCUUUGCAGUUUAUGGUUAUGUUUGACGUAGUUACCCUUUUACUGAGAGCCCUGUAUGCACACUGCAAGGUGGGUUUCCCUUUGUGUCUGCAGGGGUCUGGAGAAACGAAACUUUUGCAGCAGUGGACAGAGCUGGGGCUUUUGGGAGCUUCCUUUGCAAUCAUCAAAGUACUUGUAGAAAAAGACAAAAUUAACCUUUAAACAAUAUACAAGAUGGGCUUAGCUUCUCAAAGAAGUUGAUUGCCAGAGUUUGAGUGAGACUGUGAGCACUGAUGCAGCCCCCGCCACUGCAAGCCUGGUUAUUAAGGCCCAUCUAUAAGACUGGAAAGAUGCCUUCUAUCAAAAACCACCAAAAACCCACUCAGCAGCGUUGAAUCAUAUUUGUAAAUGGUCUGUCUUCAUUAAUCAACACACAAGAACCGAUGAUGUACUGAAACUGCUGCAACAGCAGUGAGAGAGCAGCAGAAUUGCUCUGUAUCCUAGGAAACAAACCUAAAACUGUCAGAAAGACCACAAUGAUAUUAACCCUACAUCGAGUGGGGAGGAAAGCGGUGUGCAUGUUCAGCUUUCCUGUAAGCACAUCUCUGAGGUAUUGGUUGGGGGUAAUUCUCACCUCUGUGAAGAUGUCUCUCGCUACCAGUUU